UUCAACUGCGUAAGAUACAACACCGGCAGAAUUAUUUAUUUUUUGUUAAAGAUUUUCUUGUACUAUCAACAAUGGAAAAUAAUUCCAAAGAAGUAAAUUACAGUAAAGAUGAAGAAACGCCUCCGAAUUUUUUAAAUCAAGAUUUUUUUGAAAGUGUUCUUCAGAAAACCGAAAAUGAUAGCACACUAAAGAUAAGAAGCCUCCAAAUAGCGCCGGGAACGAAAGCCGGUGAUCAUUUUCUCAGCAUAAUGUUUAGAGUGAAGAUUUCUUACACAUCUCAAAGCAAGGAUAUUCCAUCGAGGUCCUUGAUUGUAAAAACGAUACCUGUCGAUGAUGGCACGAAGAAGGAAAUGUUGAAAGUAAUGCCGGUUUUUGAAAGAGAAACACAAUUUUACACUGAAGUUCUGCCAGAUAUGGAAAGAUUAAUGAAAUCAAUUGGGGAUGAUGAAAAAAUAGCUCCAAGAUUAAUUUACCAUGAUUCAGAUCCUUUUAUCCUCAUUUUUGAGGACCUCUCAGUGUAUGGGUAUGAAAUGAACAAGGAAUUCUUUGACUUUGAUAAUACAGUGAAAGUUGUGAAGAGAUUAGCCAAGUUCCACGCUCUGUCCUUCUACAUGAACGACAAUAAAUACAAUUUCUACGCUGAUUUCACAAAAUUCACCCCAAUGAUAAAUGAAUCUGUGAUAGAAAGGAUGAAAGUUUUCUUCGAAGGAUUCAACUAUGUUGUGGAGGAAGCUAAGAACUGGCCAGGAUUUGAAAAAAUCAUCGAAAAGCUCUCCGAACAGAAUGAAACUUUCGUAAAAAAGCUUCUCAGCAUUUAUGAACCAAACGCUAAUUUUGAAUUUAAAGUCCUCUGCCAUGGAGACUACCACAUAAAGAAUAUGAUGUUUAUCAAAAAUGAAGGAAAUAUCGACAAGACGAUGCUUCUGGACUACCAACUGUGCUUCUGGACGUCUCCAGCUUAUGACUUAAUCUACCUUCUCUAUGCCUUUGGGGAUGCUUCAUGCCGCAAGCGACGUCAAGAAAUUCUUCUAAUCUACUACGAAUUCUUCACGGAAUACCUCAAUCGUCUGGGAUGCUUAACAAAGCCUCCAACUCUGUUGCAGCUCAACAUGGAUAUGCUGAGAAUGGGUAUUCUCGAAAUUUUGUGGGGUAUAUGCUACCUGCCCUUCUUCUGUUUGGAUUUUACAAAAGUUGAUGCAGAAACAGUCGCUGACCCAACACCUGAAGCUAUGGAAAACGUUCGGAAAAUUAUGUAUAAAAAUGAUAAAAUUGUAGCUUUGCUAAAAGAAGUAUUGCCGGAACUUUUGUAUAAAGGUAUUUUGUCAGUAUAUAAAAUGACAGAAGCAAAAAGACUGAAAAUUGAACUGAAAAGUGAAGCUAAAGCUCCAGAAUUCUUGAAUAAAUCCUUCUUUCAGGACAUUCUACGAAAGCAUGAUGAGAAUGAGGAUAUUGAAAUUACGAAGUUUGAAUUAAUUCCCGGAUCUAAGCUUCGAGAUCAUUUUUCCAGUGUUACAUUCAGAGCUGUUGUUUCGUACAAAUUAAAUGAGAAUGAAAUAACCAGGCCGUUGAUUGUGAAGCAAUGCCCUCCUGCUGAUGAAAUUGAGAAGGAUAAUCUUCAUCAAGUGCAACUCUUUGAUAGGGAGUUCGAAAUGUACACUAAAGUUUUUCCCGAGAUGACACAGAUAUUGCUUUCGAUUGGGGAUAUGAAUGAAAUUGCUCCAAGCCUUAUUUAUCACAAUGAAGAACGAAAAAUUCUCAUUCUUGAAGACAUUGCCCGGAAUGGCUUUGAAGAGCACAGGGGAUUUUUGGAUUUUGAUGAUGUCAUAAAAAUUAUAGAUCAUUUAGCAAGUUUCCAUGCUCUCUCCUACUACAUAUACGACAAUAAAUAUGAUCAUCCAAUUGAUCUCACAAAAUACUCUUGCAUGACGACAGAAAAGGUAACAAAGAUACAAAAGUUCUUUGACGACGCUUUCGACUGUCUCAAAGAAGAAGUUGCAACAUGGCCAGGAUAUGAAAUGUAUGCAGAAAAAAUUGGAUCUCUCAAGGAAACCUUCAUGAAGGAUCUUCUGAAUGCCUAUCAACCUCAUCCUGGGAGAUUCAAUGUUCUCUGUCACGGCGACUUUACCAUAAAAAAUUUAAUGUUCACGAAGAGUGAGGGGAAGAUCAACGAGACGAUAUUCUUAGACUUUCAGAAGUCCUUCUGGGCAUCACCAGCAAUCGAUUUAUUUUCCCUCCUGUAUGGAAUUGGGAAUGCCGAAUGUAGAAAGCGCAGAGGAGAAAUUUUACUGAGGUAUCAAGAAUUUUUUGCAGACUCUCUGCAUCUCUAUCAGAGCAUAAGAAAGCCUCCAACAUUGCUGGAGAUUAAUAUUGAGAUGCUGAGAGUUGGUGUUUUGGAGAUUCUCUGGAUCGUCUGCCUAUUGCCACUGUAUUACAUGGAAUUUUCCGAUGUUGAUGGGGAAAAAGGGUUUGAUCCUUCAUUAGAUUGUCUGAAGGAUGUAAAGGAAAAAAUUUACAAAAAUCAAGCUUAUGUUGAAGUGAUCAAAGAAGCUCUUCCGGAACUUCUCUACAAAGGAAUCCUACAUCCUUGAGACGGUGUAUAAAUUUGUUUUUCUUUGAAAAGGCCCUACAGCUGGUCUAAUCAAGGAUCUUCCUCCAUCUGUCCCUAUCCCGCGCAUAAAAUUAUAUAAGAAGGACAAAAGUUAAGAGGAAAAGCUAAGAGAUUAUUGCAAAAAUAAUAAGAAUUAUUUAUUCUCUUUUCUAAAUAAAUUGAAAUUUCUAAUAUUUCAA